AUGAAGAUUCCAGCGAUACUCGUGACGUCGUUCCUCGCCUGGGGACUGGCCAGCGGGAGUCCUCAUCUCCUAAAGGAGUCGGACGCUUCCGCGUCCGCAUCCGCGUCCGCGUCCGCGGUUGCCAAUGCCAAGAAGAAUCUCUACCCAUUACCGAUACCAUCGAAAGGCGCGCAUGGCAUCGUAAUCGACGAGUCAAAGUUCAACAUCAGGAAGGUAAUGCUGAGCGCGAUCGAUGAUACCAACGGUGCGCCAAACCUCGGUCUGGGAUGGAAAAAGAUCAGCUGGGCGCUCGAGAAUGCCAAAGCGAACGCUCAUGUGACCGCCGAGACGCUGGCACUCAUCAAGAAGAUCGUCAUAGCUCUCGUCUCAGGCUACAUCAAGGCGACCAAGAUCGCGGCUCACGCAUCCGCCGAAGCGUUGGCUGUCGCCAGAGCUGCGGAAGAAGCGCAAAAGAUUGCCGAAGCGAAGGGUAGAACAGCCUCUGAGGCGCUGUCCGCGUUAGGCCAGGCCUCCUCGAAGGCCGACGCGGCAGCUGCGGCGACGAUGAGCGCGAUCGAACGCACAUUCCAGGACGCUAGGGCGGCCAAUUCCGCGCAAACCAAGGCCAGCGGCGAGGCCGAGAAUGCUCAUCGCGCCGCAGCCACCAUGCUCGCGACGCUCGAGCGCAUCUCGGAGGGCUCCGCGGAAACCAAUCAAGCCGCUACCAAGGCAGCUGCCGCCGCCGCCGCCGCGACUGCCAUGCAUGCUAAAGCCAACGCGGCAUCGCAAGCUGCCGCCAAAACAGCCGCCGAAGCCAGAACGGCGUCCGAGGAGGCAGAGACCGCCCAGGCAUCCGCCUUGGCAAACGCACAGCUGGCCAUGCGGCUGGAGCAGAAGGCCAGCGCCGAUCAGCAAGCGGCCUCCGCCAGGGCAGAUUACUUCACCGCGAAAACCGAGGCUGAAGCCGCCGCACAGGCAUCCGCUAUCAACGCGCUCAGGGAUGGAAUGGUCGUCGGAUUGGGAAAUGACGCCGGCGCUUCUGCCCAAAGUUUCGCGCAGGCCAGCGCUCUCGCUCGCGCCAAUGGGCACAAAUUAAAACUCGAGAAGGGUCUAGAUUUGGGCUCGCACAAAAGCCAGGACUGGGGCCACUGGAGCUUGGGCUCUCGCAAGAACAGCGCGUCUUCCGCCAGUGCAUCGGCCAGCGCCUCCGCCCAGUCAUCCUCGAUCGCAAAUGGAUGUGCGCGAGUGGCGGAUGCAAAACAGGCUGUUUUCACAAAUGGCACGCUACGGUAUAAAAUCGGUGGACGAUCGAUGAGCCGGCAUCAAUCCUGCGAAGUAGCUUCCAAGAUGAAGAUUCCAGCGAUACUUGCGACGUCCCUUCUCGUCUGGGGUCUUGUCGGCGCCAGCGAGCUCGUCGGAUCGGAAGCGAGCUCGGCGGCGUCUGCCAAAGCGGCUGCGUCCUCAUCCGCUUCCGGUAGCAAGCUGACUGCCUCCAAAUCAUCCGCGAGCGCAUCUGCCAGCCUGGCCGCAAAUGCCGCCGCUGCCGCUGAAAAACGCGCCAACGAGGAAUCUGUCGCGGCCAACGAACGCGCCCAAGCGUCGGCCGCCGCCGCCGCCGAGGCCGAAGCCAAGGCGAACGCCGCUCAGGAGGCAGCCGCCGCCGCCAUGGCCAUCGCCGAGGCCGCCGUUGUCAUCGAGCAGGAAGCCUCUGUAUUGAGCCGCAAGGCCCAAAAUGCCCGUCUCAACGCCGAGGCUGCCGCCGCCGCGGCCAGCAACGCCCGCGCCAUCGCCUCCGCCGAGGCCGAGGCAAGCGCCGACUUGACUAAUCGCGCGGGUGUGGCGCGCUCCAGUGCCGCUGGUGCUGCCGAGACCAAAGCCGUAGCCGUCGACGCCGGUUCCACCGCCGAGAUCGCGGCCUAUAGCUGGGCCAAGAAAGGCGAGAUCGUCGAUCCCGGCCCUCUGCCCAAGAUCAUCAGCGUCACCGCGGGUCUGACCAAGAGCGAGGUUGAGGCCGUCAAGAUCAGCCGAGGUCACGGACUCAGGGGAGAUAUCGUCCACGCGGGUGGCAUCGCGAGAUCGUCGUCGGCCGCUAGCACCAGAUCUAGCGCUAAUUCUAAUGCCAACUCUAGCGCAAGUGCCAAAGCUAGCUCCAGCUCCAAUGCCAGCGCCGGCAGCAUCGGCGGCAAGUGGGGUAGACAAAUGUCCGCGGCUUCCGCCUCGGCCGACGCUUCGGCUGAGGCCGAGAGCUCCGGAUUAGUAGGGUGGUGA